GACUUUCUCCUGGCUGGGCCGGGCUGUCUUGCCCGCGUGGACUGCUGGCCACACCCUGCACUUCCUGGGGUCAGUAGCCCAGGGUGAAGCCCACCUCUCCCUGUAGCUCCCGCUGCAGGCCCCUCCCCACCACCAGCACCAGCGCCACUGCCGGCAGCCAGUUCCCAGGCCAGGUCACGAAUGGGCCACAGACUCCGUGCACUCACGUUGCGCCCCUUUCUCUCUCCCUGAUGCAGGGGGUCGGGAGCCUGGCAGGCUUUGGAGCUGGCAGGAGGGCGGUGUUUCUCUCCCACCCUGCCAACCUCCCAUCUCCGUCUGCCAAGGCACAGCCCAAGCCCCUCCCCAGCCACCCUGACUGUCCCAGGCCCAUCGGAUGGUGUUUGUGGCCCUGUUUCCCCGCCAGAGAGAGAACCUGAAGGCCCCUGGCCCCACUCUCCCAGGCUUGUGCCAAGACCCUGCAGCCUCUGCUGGAGGAGUGGAUGGCGCAGGAGCCACUGCCCGCCACACUGGGCCAGACGACCCUCCCUGCGCGUGGCAGGCUGAACGUGCGCCCACAUCCCGACCCCAGGACCUGUGGAUGCUACGUUUUGUGGCAAAGCCGCUGCAGAUGGGCUUCCGCCCUGUCUCCCGCACCCAGGCACAGCAAAUUCCACGCCAUGUUGCCUUGCACAAGCUUGGUGGCCUCCGCCUCACAGCGUUCCUUACGUCUGGGGCCGAAACCGGGGAGGGAGACCAGCUCUCUCUGGGGGCUUCCAGCCCUCUGGAAUCUCCACCCCAGCUGAGACCAAGCGGUACCAUCCUCAGACCUUGGUCCCUGCAGCUCCGGCCGCCUCUGCCGGGCCAGAUCUCGCCAGGGAGCCGCAGGCGUCGGCUGCCCUGCGCUGGUCCGGCCAGGGUCGCAGGCUGCAGGACUCCAGUGCCAAACACCUGUGCCCAGCCGGCCCCGCCCGAGCCUGCUCGCCACUCACAGCCCUGGAGACUCCACAGAGCAGGCCCAGGCGCCGCCAUAGAGGUCCGCCUGCAGUCCACACUUCUGAGCCCAGCCAGGCCAGACUCAGAGGGACCACAGCCAGUUACCUCGCGCCUGCUCCACCCCGUCUCCUGGUGCCCAUCAGCCCUCCAGCCCUCCAGCCCCCGACCCAUACGCCCUUCUGUACCUAUCCCGUCCUCCACCCGUGACUCAGUCCUACAUCUGAAGGACGCUUUCGGCCCCUGAUGCUCACUGAGAUCUUCCUGCCGAAUGACUCUUGCCUGCCUUCAAGCCCUGUAACAAGCCACUUCCCUUUGUUUCCUACGGAUGGGCUUUCACACUGUCUCCUGCACCCAGGCACAAUAAAUUCCACGCCGUGUUGCCUUUCAUAA